GAUGUGAACUGUCAGAUGCUUUCCUAACACAUUAUGCUUUAAACAGCUCUAACAUUCAUAUACACCACGCUGAAUGAGACGCACCGACUGUCCCGCCGGACGCUGGUAGACCGUUUAUGAGAGGAAGCUCAAGGUUCCAGGUGCAGCCAUGCCGGUCUCCCGGCUGUGGGCCGUGGAUGUGUACGGCAGGGUCUACAGCCUGUCCACAGCGGGGCAGCAGUGGGAGCUAUGCCACGACACGCAGAUGGAGUUCAAGCGGGUGACGGCGGCUCAGCAGUGCUGCUGGGGCAUCGCCUGCGACAACAAGAUCUACCUGAACGUCCACGCUUCUGACCUGCCCAUCCGCUACCAGGAGGAGACCUACGAGAAUCAAAGAUGGAAUCCUGUGGAUGGUUUCUCUGAGCGUUUGUUGCCAAGCGACCGCUGGCAAUGGAGUGAUGUCACUGGUCUGCAACACCAACCUCUGGACAGCUUCCAGCUUCCCUCCAGCAGCUGGGAGUGGGAGGGCGACUGGUACGUGGAUGAAAACUUUGAGGGGGAACCCACAGAGAAAGCGCAGGGAUGGAGUUAUGCCAUUGACUUCCCUGCCACCUACACCAAAGAUAAAAAGUGGAACUCCUGUGUCCGUCGCAGGCGAUGGCUCCGCUACAGGAGGUACAAAGCCAUGGACACUUGGGCUAAGAUACCCUCACAGCAGACAUCUCUACCAGAUCCCUUCAGCGACAUCAGCUGUGGAGGGUGGGAGAUCAGUGAGGAGCCCAGGGGCCGGCUGUCUCUGUGGGCUGUGUCCCUGCAGGGCAAGGUGUGGUUCCGAGAAGGCAUUUACCACCACAAUCCUGAGGGCUCAACUUGGGAGGAUGUGCCUCUCCCCGGUGAAGUGGUCCAGAUAAGCUGUGGUCCAGGGGAUCUGAUCUGGGCGGUGCUGUGGGAAGGGCAGUUUAUUGUCAGGGAGGGCAUCAACCGAGACUGCCCCCGAGGUACCUCCUGGGCAGUGGUGGACUCCCCCAGUCCUGAUGUAGGAGCCACACAUGUAGCUGUGGGAGACAAUGUUGUUUGGGCUGUGACCAAGGACAACAAAGUGUGGUUCAGGCGUGGCGUGAACUCCCACAACCCCUGCGGCUCCGGCUGGAUCAGCAUGGUUGGAGAAAUGAUAAUGGUCAACGUAGGACUCAACGACCAGGUGUGGGGCAUCAGCUCUGAGGACCGGGCGGUGUACUUUCGACAGGGUGUGACUUCCAGCGAACUGAGUGGCAAAACCUGGAAGGCCAUCAGCGUUCCCAGAGAUGGAGACAGAUCCCAUUCCAGUGCCAGCACCAACAGUCUGCAGAGUGCUGGAUGUUACUUCUGUGGUGAGGUGCGUGGUCAGUCUGUAGUGAGCGAUGUGGAGUCAGACACAGAAAAAGGAUCUACAGAUGAAGCCAGCUGCUUAGCUUCCUCCGCCGCCCCAGAGUCAGUGGUCGAUGCUCCCACAGACCCCUCCAGCCAGCCUGCCGACACCCCUAAACCCCGCAUCCCCAAGGUCACCAGCGACAGCUUCAUCUCUGAGCUCGUGUCUGACCGAGAACCAGGAAAGCCCACUAGAGGGAUGGGACCAACUUCUCCUGCUGUCCUGGAGGAGGAGGUCAUCUCCGGAGAAGUAGAGGACAAAGCUCCAUGUGCUGAUGUCGUUCUUUCCCCGAGCCAGUCUGGAGGGCCUCUUGACCCCCAGUGGAGUAACGUGGACCUGGAGGAGGCGCAGAACCAGCAUGCCCAAACUGCAGCAGUGUUGGACUCCACUGAUACAUGCAGCUUGUCAUCAGUAGCCACAUACACCCUCGCCAUGGAGGACCCGUACGGGGCAGAUGAGCACCCUCUGUGGGCGUGGGUCAGCGGAGGAGGCUGCUCUGUGGACAGCCACUCCCAACUCAACUGGUUCAACUGCACCAUGAAUGCUUCAAUGUUAGCCCAGUCGGUCCAGUCCAUGAGUCUGUCAGUCAGUCCAGCCCAAACAGCAGCCUGGCGGAGACAAAUCUUUGAGCAACUCAGUGAAAGAACCAAGAGAGAGAUGGAUAAUUUCAGACAUUAUGAACAAGCCAUAGAACAGUCGGUGUGGGUGAAGAAGGGAACCAUGCAGUGGUGGAGAGACUGGAAGCCUCACAAGUGGGUAGAUGUUCAUUUUGCCCUGGAGCAGUUCUCAGGACCGGAGGGCAACAAGGACGGCAUCCUUUUCAUUUACUACAACUUUUAUGAAGAGAAGAAGUACUUGCAUGCCUUCAUCAAUGAGGUGACCAUCCUGGUCCCUGUGCUAAAUGACUCCAAACACACUUUUGCCAUCUACACGCCUGAGCGCACCAAACAGAGAUGGCCAAUGCGGUUGGCGGCACCCACAGAGCUUGAGAUGCAUGAUUGGCUGGCGUUACUGAGUGUGUCAUGCUGUGACUCCAGGGGGAUCCAAGGUCCUCCCUCCAAACAGGCAAUCUGGUCUAUCACCUGUAAAGGGGACAUCUUUGUCAGCGAGCCCUCUCCUAACCUGGAGGCCAUGCCCUACCCCACACCCUGCAACCAGAUGUUCUGGCGGCAGGUUGGAGGUCACCUGCGCAGCGUGGAGUGUAACAGCGAUGGGAUAGUGUGGGGGAUCGGUUACGACCACACUGCCUGGGUCUACACUGGGGGCUAUGGAGGAGGCUUCUUCCAGGGACUGGCCAGCAGCACCGACAACAUUUACGUACAGACCGAUGUCAAAAGUGUCUACAUCUAUGAGAACCAGAGGUGGAACCCUGUCACUGGCUACACCAACAGGGGUCUACCUACAGACCGCUACAUGUGGAGUGAUGCAUCAGGACUACAUGAGUGCACAAAAACUAAUACCAAACCUCCUACCCCUCAGUGGACAUGGGUGUCUGAAUGGGCAGCUGACUACAGUGUCUCUGGAGGGACGGACAGAGAAGGCUGGCAAUAUGCAGCUGAUUUUCCAGCGUCAUAUCACGGCUAUAAAACGAUGAAGGACUUUGUACGUCGCAGGCGAUGGGCCAGGAAGUGUAAACUGACCACCACAGGACCCUGGCAAGAAAUCCCACCCAUCCCACUGAGUGACAUGACCAUCCUGCCGUCUGCAGCUCAGAGCAGCGUGGACGUGGUUCCUCUGUGGGGGAUCAGCAAUAAGGGAGACGUGCUCUGUCGACUGGGAGUUACUGCACUGACACCUGCUGGAUCCUCAUGGCUUCACGUGGGAACUGACCAACCUUUCAAGUCUAUCUCUAUCGGGGCAGCCAGCCAGGUUUGGGCCAUUGCCAGGGAUGGUUCUGCCUUCUACAGGGGAUCUGUCUCUCAGCAGACUCCUGCAGGAGACUGUUGGUACCACAUCCCCUCCCCAACCAAACAGAAGCUGAAGCAGGUGUCUGUGGGUAGGACAUCAGUGUAUACUGUAGAUGAAAAUGGUAACUUGUGGUACCGGCAGGGUUUGACUCCCAGUUACCCUCAGGGCUCCUCCUGGGAACACAUCUCAAAUAAUGUGCGCAAAGUCUCUGUCGGGCCUCUGGACCAGGUGUGGAUCAUAGCAGACAAGGUACAGGGCAGCCACAGCCUGAGCUGUGGGACAGUGUGCCAUCGACUAGGAGUCCAACCCAUGGAACCCAAAGGACAGUCAUGGGACUAUGGCAUUGGGGGUGGAUGGGACCACGUCACAGUGAGAGGGAACUCGAUGGAGCCGCCCCGUGUCUGCCUUCCUUCUCUAACAAACCCAUCUGCCUUGGCCCCUCGGAGCCCCCUCCCUGCCAGAAACACAGAGGUCAAUGGAAAUGCUGUGGGAUGUUAGAUACACGCAAACACACUCAAAGGUGUACACAUGCUGUUUGUUGUUUUCAAAUGUGCUGUUUAUCAAAACAACACAUGUAACCAUCCUAAAACAUAUUACUUUUGUAGAAAAUGUUAAUUUAAAGCCACCUUUAUAUUUAAUAUUGAAGUAGCAGCAGAUAAUUCAACUCUGAACUGUAGACACCACUCCAGCCAAUGUAACAAAGGUUUAUGGAAAAUACUACAAUCCCAUCAGUCUCUGAAAUGUUAAAGGGGACUUAUCAUGCUUUUUCUUAUUUUCGGUCAGAUAUAUAAUGUUACAAUGCUGGAUGGUCAUAUUAAACAUGGCUAAAGUGUCAAGUAAUGAAGUAAACAGCUCCGUUAACAUCAUGGUGUUUUUCCAUUGUUUUAGGAGUGAUUACGCUAAGUCAUGACUUGAGUUGAGCUGGCUCAUCAUUCGUAUUUUUCCAUUACAAAACACAACAAUGUAACAUAAGUAGUUUACCUGUUGGGGAUGUGGUACAGCUCUUCAUCAAACACCAGCAUCAUCAUCAUCAUCAUCACUGGGGCUGUUUAGGCUUGUACUAUUCCUCCAUGAAUUAUUUCUAACUGAUCCAAUGAACAAAGAACUCUGCUGCAUAAAGGGCCAGUAUAAGAUAAGAUAAGAUGUUUUUUGAACUGUGAAUCAUGCAAAGCUACUCUGGCAGAGUCCCAGAAUAG